CCCUGAGUCAGUCGAGAGUGCCAUUCCGAGACAGGGUGGUACCUUUCUGUUCAGGCAUGGCUUCGGGCAGCCUCACCCUUUUCUGGGGCUUCCGUGCGACAGGAGGGCUCCGUUAGUGGGCCUCCAAGAUGGCGACGCUGUUGGCGGUAAAUUCGGCUGCCAGUCUCUGGGGUCCUUACAAAGACAUUUGGCAAACAGUGGGAAAUGCUCUUUGGAGAAGACAACCUGAAGCUGUCCACCUUCUUGACAUGAUUUUGAAGAAACACAAACCUGACUUCAUCUCACUGUUCAGAAACCCACCAAAAAAUGUCCAACAACAUGAGAAGGUUCAGAAAGCCAGUACUGAGGGAGUUGCUAUCCAGGGUCAACAGGGAACCCGACUUCUUCCUGAACAGCUCAUUAAAGAGGCCUUUAUCCUUAGUGACCUUUUUGAUAUUGGAGAAUUGGCAGCUGUUGAGCUUCUCCUUGCCGGAGAGCACCAACAGCCACAUUUUCCUGGUCUCACCAGAGGAUUAGUAGCUGUUCUUUUAUACUGGGAUGGAAAACGGUGCAUUGCAAACUCUCUGAAAGCCUUGAUACAGUCUAGACGAGGAAAAACAUGGACCCUUGAACUCAGUCCAGAGCUGGUUUCCAUGACAACACGCUUUACAGAGGAGCUGAUGGAGCAAGGAUUGACUUAUAAAGUCCUUACUCUGGUGUCACAGAUUGAUGUGAACAAUGAGUUUGAGAAACUACAGCGGGAGAGAGGUUUGGGCAGUGAAAAACACCGAAAAGAGGUUUCUGAUCUCAUCAAGGAGUGCAGGCAGUCUCUGGCAGAAAGCCUUUUUGCCUGGGCUUGUCAGUCACCUUUAGGCAAAGAUGACACUCUGCUUCUUAUUGGACAUUUGGAAAAAGUGACAGUUGAGGCUAACGGCUCAUUGGAUGCAGUGAAUCUGGCUCUUCUUAUGGCGCUUCUGUACUGCUUUGAUAUCAGUUUCAUAGAACAAAGCACAGAGGAACGAGAUGAUAUGAUGCAUCAACUUCCACUGCUGACAGAAAGACAAUACAUCGCAACAAUUCACUCCCGCCUUCAAGACUCACAGCUUUGGAAACUGCCUGGGCUCCAAGCCACUGUUAGACUUGCCUGGGCACUGGCAUUGAGAGGAAUAUCUCAGCUACCUGAUGUGACAGCUCUGGCUGAAUUCACAGAAGCAGAUGAAGCAAUGGCAGAACUUGCGAUUGCUGACAAUGUUUUCCUCUUCCUCACUGAAUCCGUAGUGGUGUCAGAAAACUUCUAUCAGGAGGAAUUUUAUAUCCGUAGAAUCCAUAAUCUCAUCACAGAUUUCCUUGCCCUUAUGCCAAUGAAGGUGAAACAGUUGAGAAAUCGGGCAGAUGAAGAUGCUCGAAUCAUUCAUAUGAGUAUGCAGAUGGGUAAUGAACCUCCCAUUUCACUUAGAAGAGAUCUGGAGCACUUAAUGCUCUUGAUUGGUGAGCUAUAUAAAAAGAACACUUUUAAUUUGGAGCUUGCUCUCGAAUAUUGGUGUCCCUCAGAGCCUCUUCAGACUUCCACUAUCAUGGGUUCUUACCUUGGGGUGGCUCAUCAGCGACCCCCUCAACGCCAGGUUGUCUUGUCAAAGUUUGUUAGGCAAAUGGGUGACCUACUGCCUCCAACGAUUUACAUUCCUUAUUUGAAAAUGCUCCAGGGAUUGGCCAAUGGGCCCCAGUGUGCCCACUACUGUUUCAGCCUGCUUAAAGUCAAUGGUAGUAGUCAUGUUGAAAAUAUUCAGGGAACAGGUGGCAGUCCUGUUUCCUGGGAACAUUUCUUUCACUCCUUAAUGCUUUACCACGAGCACCUCCGGAAGGAUCUUCCAAGUGCAGAUAGUGUCCAGUACCGUCACCUUCCUUCACGUGGCAUCACCCAGAAGGAGCAGGAUGGAUUGAUUGCUUUUUUACAGCUCACCUCCACCAUCAUUACCUGGAGUGAAAAUGCUCGUCUGGCACUCUGUGAACAUCCUCAGUGGACCCCGGUUGUGGUGAUUCUGGGACUCCUGCAAUGCAGUAUUCCCCCUGUUCUCAAAGCAGAGCUGCUGAAGACCCUUGCAGCUUUCGGAAAAUCCCCUGAAAUUGCUGCUUCCCUCUGGCAGUCGUUGGAAUACACUCAGAUACUACAGACCGUAAGGGUUCCAAGCCAGAGGCAAGCUAUCGGUAUCGAGGUUGAACUAAAUGAAAUAGAAUCCCGGUGUGAAGAAUACCCGUUGACUCGCGCUUUUUGCCAUCUUAUUAGUACCUUGGUGGAGAGCUCAUUUCCUUCUAAUUUGGGUGCUGGCCUGCGGCCCCCUGGCUUUGACCCUUAUUUGCAGUUCCUUAGAGAUUCUGUGUUUCUCCGAUUCCGCACAAGAGCUUACCGGAGAGCAGCUGAAAAGUGGGAAGUUGCUGAGCUUGUUUUGGAGGUGUUUUAUAAAUUGCUCAGAGAUUAUGAGCCUCAACUUGAAGAUUUUGUAGACCAGUUUGUGGAAUUACAAGGAGAAGAAAUCAUAGCGUACAAGCCACCAGGAUUUAGUCUGAUGUAUCAUCUUCUGAAUGAGUCACCAAUGUUGGAGCUUGCCCUUAGUUUACUGGAAGAAGGCGUUAAGCAGCUGGAUACCUAUGCCCCUUUCCCUGGGAAGAAACACUUGGAGAAAGCAGUACAGCAUUGCCUUGCACUUCUCAAUCUGACUCUGCAAAAGGAAAAUCUCUUUAUGGAUCUUCUAAGAGAGAGUCAGCUGGCUCUAAUAGUCUCUCCUUUAGAACAGCUGUUACAGGGAAUCAAUCCCAGAACUAAGAAGGCUGAUAAUGUGGUGAAUAUUGCCAGAUACCUGUAUCAUGGCAAUACUAACCCGGAAUUGGCUUUUGAAAGCGCCAAGAUCCUCUGCUGUAUCUCGUGUAAUUCCAAUAUUCAGAUAAAACUGGUUGGAGAUUUCACACAUGACCAGAGUGUAAGUCAGAAGCUGAUGGCUGGAUUUGUGGAGUGUUUGGAUAGUGAAGAUACAGAAGAAUUUGUCCGUCUAGAAGAGGGAUCAGAACUUGAAAAGAAGUUAGCUGGAAUCCGUCAUGAAACAAGAAUCCACAUCUUGAAUCUUCUCAUCACCUCUCUGGAACGCAACCCACCCAACCUUGCUCUCUACCUCCUGGGCUUUGAACUGAAGAAACCCGUUAGUACCACAAACCUGCAAGAUCCAGGAGUGUUAGGUUGCCCUCGAACAUGCCUUCAUGCCAUUUUAAACAUCUUGGAGAAAGGAACCAAAGGGAGAACAGGCCCGGUGGCAGUGAGAGAAUCUCCUCAACUCGCUGAACUAUGUUACCAGGUGAUUUAUCAGUUGUGUGCAUGCUCUGACACAUCCGGUCCUACGAUGAGGUACUUGAGAACCAGCCAGGAUUUCUUAUUUUCUCAGUUGCAACAUUUACCUUUUUCUAACAAAGAGUAUGAAAUGUCUAUGCUGAACCAGAUGUCAUGGCUAAUGAAGACUGCCUCAAUAGAACUAAGGGUAACUUCUCUGAAUCGUCAACGGUCACAUACCCAGAGGCUCCUACACCUCUUACUGGAUGACAUGCCCGUGAAACCGUACUCAGAUGGUGAAGGAGGAAUAGAAGAUGAAAAUAGGUCUGUCUCUGGGUUCCUUCACUUUGACACUGCUACAAAAGUACGUCGAAAAAUUCUAAGUAUUCUUGACUCAAUUGACUUCAGUCAGGAGAUCCCUGAACCUUUGCAGUUGGACUUCUUUGAUCGGGCCCAGAUUGAACAAGUUAUUGCUAACUGUGAGCACAGGAAUUUACGGGGACAGACAGUCUGCAACGUCAAGCUUCUUCAUAGGGUUCUUGUAGCUGAAGUAAAUGCCCUUCAGGGUAUGGCAGCCAUAGGACAGAGACCUCUACUGAUGGAGGAAAUCAGCACUAUUCUUCAGUAUGUGGUAGGAAGAAACAAAUUGCUGCAGUGUCUUCAUGCAAAACGGCAUGUAUUAGAGUCGUGGAGGCAGCUGGUAGAAAUUAUACUGACAGCUUGUCCCCAGGACCUCAUUCAGGCAGAGGACCGACAACUGAUUAUUCGUGAUAUUUUACAAGAUGUGCAUGAUAAGAUACUGGAUGAUGAAGCAGCACAGGAGUUAAUGCCGGUGGUAGCAGGUGCUGUGUUCACCCUGACUGCUCACCUGAGCCAAGCCGUUCGCACAGAACAGAAGCAACCAUUAGUCUCGGGACCCGGAGAGACCCAUUAUGCUUUUAUGCUUGAUAGUUCUUUCACCUCCCCGCCUCCAGCAGAGAACCCAGGGGGGGGUUUUGCUUCUAUUGGGGAUUCUUCGCUUCACAUCAUAUUGAAGAAGCUCUUGGACUUCAUUUUGAAGACAGGUGGCGGAUUCCAGCGAGUGAGGACACACCUGUAUGGCUCUCUGUUGUAUUACUUACAGAUCGCCCAGAGACCAGAUGAACCAGACACAUUAGAAGCAGCCAAGAAAACUAUGUGGGAAAGGCUGACAGCCCCUGAAGAUGUUUUUAGUAAAUUACAGCGAGAAAACAUAGCCAUCAUUGAGAGCUACGGCGCUGCGCUCAUGGAAGUGGUCUGUCGAGAUGCCUGUGAUGGUCAUGAGAUUGGAAGGAUGCUGGCACUGGCUCUACUUGAUCGGAUUGUCUCCGUAGAUAAACAGCAGCAGUGGCUUUUGUAUCUUUCUAACAGUGGCUAUUUGAAGGUGCUUGUGGACAGCUUGGUAGAAGAUGACCAUACUUUGCAGAGCUUACUAACUCCACAACCUCCCCUUCUAAAAGCCCUUUAUACUUACGAAUCCAAAAUGGCAUUUCUUACAAGAGUGGCUAAAAUACAGCAGGGUGCGUUAGAACUGCUGAGGUCUGGGGUGAUAGUGAGACUGGCACAAUGCCAGGUCUAUGACAUGCGCCCAGAGAUGGACCCACAGGGCAUGUUCGGCAUGAGGGACCCGCCAGUGUUCAUCCCGGCCCCGGUGGACCGCUACCGGCAGAUCCUGCUCCCGGCUCUCCGCUUGUGCCAGGUCAUCCUCACGUCCAGCACGGCCCAGCACUUACAGGCAGCGGGGCAGGUGUUGCAGUUUCUCAUUUCACAUUCUGAUACCAUACAAGCAAUCUUGCGCUGUCAGGAUGUGAGUGCUGGGUCUUUGCAGGAACUGGCUCUGCUGACAGGAAUUAUCAGUAAAGCAGCACUUCCUGGUAUACUAAAUGAACUUGAUGUUGAUGUAAAUGAAGGAUCACUAAUGGAGCUACAGGGACAUAUCGGAAGAUUCCAGCGCCAGUGUUUAGGACUACUAAGCCGCUUUGGGGGCUCUGACAGACUGCGUCAGUUUAAAUUUCAAGAUGAUAAUGUGGAAGGAGAUAGAGUGAGCAAGAAAGAUGAGCUCGAACUGGCCAUGCAGCAGAUCUGUGCCAAUGUCAUGGAAUAUUGCCAGUCACUCAUGUUACAGAGCUCCCCCACAUUUCAGUAUGCUGUGUGUCUCUUCACCCCUAGCCUGUCAGAAACCAUUAAUAGAGAUGGAUCCCGGCAAGAUACUCAAGCUCCAGUGAUUCCAUAUUGGCGCCUGCCUGGUUUGGGCAUUAUUGUCUACCUGCUGAAACAGAGUGCUAAUGAUUUCUUCAGCUAUUAUGACAGCCAUCGACGGAGUGUCAACAAGCUACAGAAUGUAGAGCAACUUCCACCAGACGAGAUCAAAGAGUUGUGUCAGUCUGUGAUGCCCGUUGGUGUUGAGAAAAUCUCCACUGCCCAGAAAUAUGUUCUAGCAAGACGGCGUUUGGUGAAGUUGAUCAACAAUCGAGCCAAACUGCUUUCCCUUUGUUCUUUUAUCAUAGAGACCUGCCUAUUUAUUCUUUGGCGCCAUCUGGAGUACUACUUGUUACACUGCACGCCCAUGGAUUCUCAAGAUUCCUUGUUUGCCUCCAGAACCUUGUUUAAAAGCAGAAGACUACAAGAUUCCUUCACUUCAGAAACCAACCUGGAUUUUAGAAGUGGACUGACUGGAGUGAGCCAACAUGACAUAGACCAGCUUCAGGCUGACGCCAUCAAUUCUUUUGGAGAAUCACUACAAAAGAAACUUCUGGACAUUGAAGGAUUAUACUCAAAAGUUCGAUCUCGCUAUAGUUUCAUACAAGCUCUUGUCAGACGUAUCCGAGGCCUGCUGAGGAUAUCCAGGAACUGAGAGCCUGUGCUUAUGCUCUUCUGAGGAAGAGAUGAAUUGGGGAGAGCUGUCCCCUUUUUAUAGAUUAGUUUGUUUCUAAAUUAUGACCAAAAAAUAUUUUGCUAUUUCUUUCUUUAUAUAUGGACAUCUUUUCUGUAAAUUUUUUUGCCUGGUUCCAACCUCGCUAGUAAAAAAAAUAAACACUUUUUAAAAAAAGAAACAAAACAAAUGUAUGGUUAGUCUUUUGAAAUUUUACCUAGAAAAUGAUCAACAUUAAUGGGAAUCCAACAAAUAAAAUUCCCACAGUGGUGGUUUUCCUUUAGGUGUAUAAUUCUGAAUGUUAUAUUAAAGGCGUAAUCUGAAAAUGCUAAUGUUUUAUACCUUUGUUGUCUGCAUUAUACUUCUGUCAUAUUCAGGGUUACUUCCUGGGGUAGAGCGGACAACAAACUGUAGCUAUGCUCUUUAACAGAGUAGCGCACUCAAUACUGUGAAUGUAUUACAGAAAUGUCCCAAGAAAUGAAGCCAUCUCUUUCCUAAAAUUGUUUUUUUUCUUUUCUGCAUGUAAAUGACAGUAUAAUAAUUUGCAUUUGUUCCUUAGAAAUGAUUGUGAAAUUUCCCAAACUAAUCACCUGCUGAUAUUUCUCAUGUAAUUAAUAUGAUGAAAAAAAAUAUAUGAUGGCUACGAUUAGGGCAAAAGAACGUAUACAAUCACCACUCCCUUCUUGCCCAAUUGUACUUGUGUUCAAGUGACUACAUCAUCUCAAAGUCCAUUUUUCCCUUUCCAGCCACCAAUUAUUUCAGCCUAAUAUAUAGGAGAGACUGCAGAAAGGGAGAGUCCUAGGGAAGUGUGAAUGCGUGAGUAAGUGGGUCCACUAUGGAGUAGCAAUUGUAGCUUCCCCGGUCGGCCUCUGGCGACAUCUAAACAUAGGCAGAAGCUCAGAAAGAAUCAGAAAGGAGCCUGGGGCACAGAAUCAAAGCAUUUUGUAAACCUUGUGAGUGUGAAGCUAAAUUGAAAAUGAAGAUUUUUAGAUUUACUAAACUUUGUUUUCUUGUUUUCCCAUCAUUUCUUCCAAAACUCCAGCAGACUGGAUCGGAAGUUGGACACUGGGGAAUGCUUGGGGAGGGAGGGCAGGAAGGAUUGCCACUGCAGGUGUGCUGCUUAGAAGGCUGACCAGAAGUGCAAUUUGUAUAAUAAAGCCAGCCGGAGGGGAGAAGCUAACACGCUGAGCCUCGAGGACACGAGGACACGCUGCCUGACUCAGCAUGGUUACCUGGGGUGUGGAGAGGGGCUGUUGGGUGUGGUGUGUGCUCUGUAGCAAAGCAAAGGGGAUCAAAACAUUGUAGAACUUUCAUUUUAAAAAGGUUUAGCAUUUAAAGGGAAGGUUCAUCCAGUCCUAAAAACUACUAAAUAAGCAUAGGCUCUUAAAGCAUUGUUUUUACUGAGUUAAUCUGCUUGGUGGGAUUAGAAAAAAAGAGGUGAGUACCUUCUUUAUUGUAGUUUUCAUAAAAUAGUGUUGCAUGAAUAUGUAAGUCUGAACUUUAUCUGAGCUAUAAAAGCUGUUCAUACGCAAUUCCCAAGUUGUUUUGAAAAACGUUGACUCUUCAUAAGAGUUGAAAGAAAAGUACAGUGAACCUAUAUAUACCUUUCACCUAGCUUCACCAACUUAACAUUUUGCAUAUUUGCUUUAUCUUUUUUAUAUGUAUAUAAAUACUGUUUUUUUCCCCUUGACUGUUUGAAAAUAGGUUGUAGACAUCGUGACACUUUGUCCAUAUUUCAGCAAGUAUUUCCUUCCAAAUCAUAACAACAUAAUCGCACUUAAGACAUUUGCUAGUAAAAUGCAAUAAAUAAUUUUCUAAUAUUCAGUCUGUAUUCGAAUUUCAAUUGCCCCCAAACUGUACUUCUAGAACUUUUAUUUUUUUACCCAGAAUUAAAUCAAGAACCACAUAUUACAUUUAGUUCCCUCAUAUUCCUUUGAGUCAGAAGCGGUUCCCCUCCCUUUCCAGGGGAGAAGGUGGUUAACCUGACACUUUGAAGCUAUUUUGGAAAAGGCCCCACAGUUUUUGUUUUGCUUUUUAAUUCAGGCUAAACAUUUUAGGCAAGAAUACUACAAUUCUGCGGGUGAUGUGCCUUCAGCAUAUCACAUCAGGAGGUACAUAUCAGUUUGUCCCAGGUAGUGCUUGACACACCUCUCCAUUGCAAUGAAUAAUCUGUGGGUUGAUACUUCAAGACUGUGAAUUUAUGUUUCCAAAAACCUUUUCAGCCAUUGCUUUUAUCAUGUAUUCAAAUUUAAAUAAUUGUAUGGCUUCAAUCAUA